UUUAACAACAACAACAACAACAACAACAAGAACAAGAGGUCUCGAGCCAAUUCGUGCAGCUAAACUCAAGGCGCAACGUGUCGUUGGUGCUUUGCGAAGAAGCGUUGCUGGUUUUAGGUCACCAGCUGCUCGGUGUACAGAUGAUUUCACACCCAUAGGUCCAUGUCGAAUGAAGACAAUCCGAGGACAAGACGUGUCCUCGUCGCGGUUCCGCCCACAGCGGUUUAAAGACAGGCAUCCGCUCCAUCGACCCAUAGAUUCGUGCAUAGAGUUCCUCUACAACGCAUGAAAGAUACCUUGUUGAGCAAAGAGACGUGGAACUCAACGUAAGAGACAAGUGGGACAGCUCUCCUUUGUAUUAUGCUUGUCUCUGUGGUCACGAGGAGCUGGUCCAGUACCUGCUGGCUAACGGCGCCAAGUGCGAGGCCAACACGUUCGACGGCGAGCGCUGCAUGUACGGCUCCCUGAACGAGUCCGUCCGCCGCCUGCUCAAGGACUACAAGUGCAUCAGCGUGCGCGCCAUGCAGCGGGACGACUUCAGCUACUUCCUGCACGCGUUGCUGGAGCAGGGCCCGCACGGCGACGUCAAGUUCCUGGUUCACGGGCGCAUGUUCACGGCCCACCGCUGCGUGCUCAGCGCGCGCUCCGAGUACUUCACCGACAUGUUCGAGACCAAGUGGAAAGGGAAGAGCUCGAUCACCCUCAAACACCCUCUGGUAGAGAGAAAUACCCACACGUGUGUCCGCGGGCUUUGUUGCUUGAUACAGAGGAGGCCGCACGUUGUUUGUUUGUUUGUUUACGUCUCUGUGGGUAAAAGCCGUUUUGUCCCUCAGGUCAACCCUUCGGCCUUUGGAGCCAUCCUGCAAUAUUCCUACACAGGCAGGAUGGACAUUGACAUCAGCCUGGUGGAGGACUGCAGGCGACUGGCCAAACAGUGCAAGAUGGAGCUGCUGAUCGACCAGCUGGAGAAUAAAUGCAAACAGCUCUACGAAUUCGUGUCCCACAAGCCGGGGAUCUGUGUGAAGGUCCUCAGCCUGGAUCCUCACAGCUGCCAGCUGCAGGAGGAGAUGGCCCAGUUGGCGGACUGCGCCCUUCCCAUCGAAUUAAGAGUCGGAUUCGGUGAGCUUCCCUUCAACCGAGUCGACCGCUUCCCUACGUAUCCCGACAUCUGCUUCAGAGUUGAUGGUUUCAACUUCCUGUGCCAUAAGGCGUUUUUCUGCGGGCGCAGCGACUACUUCAAAGCCUUGCUGGAGGACCACUUCAGCGAGGGGGAGCAGCUGCAGACGCAGCCCAGCACGCCGGUGAUCACCCUCCACAACAUCUCCCACGAGAUCUUCACACACGUCAUGUACUACAUCUACACCGAUGACACACAGCUGAUAGCGGAGGUCUCGUUCGACGUGCUGUGCGUGGCCGACAUGUAUCUGCUGCCCGGGCUGAAGCGCCUCUGUGGGAAGACGCUUGCCAAGACCAUAUGCGAGGACAACGUCCUGUACAUGUGGAAGACGGCCAAGCUCUUCCGUCUCUCCCGGCUGGAGGACCAGUGCACGCAGUUCAUGGCGAAGAUCAUCGAGCGGCUGGUGGAGCGGGCCGAGUUCGCCGAGAUCAUCAAAGAGGACGCGGCGUCCGUGGAGGAGCGGCAGGAGACGGACUCCGUCCCGCUGGUGGACGAGAUCCGGUACCACAUCACCGGCAACGUGCAGACCUACAGCGCCAUAGAGGAGGCCAACCAGAAGCUGGAGGCCUUGGAGGAGUUGCUCUGCAGCAUCAACAUUUACUGCUGAAGGGGGUCGAUGAGAGAGAGAAACUCCCGUCCCCGGGGUUUUUCAUUUCAUUUACAGUGUAUUGUACAGAAAUAUAUAUUUUCGGGAGAAUUGGCUCAUUCAGAGAAAGUUGUUACGGUGGAGUCGGCGAUUCUGGAGAAACAUUCUCGGUGUUGGAACUCACAACCCAAACGAACCCUUCGCUUUGAAUUUAGCCGCCCGCUUACUCCCAGUGUCUUUCUCUUUGUUCAUCCUUUAUCCUUUUUUUUUAAUUCAAGUCCUCUUCCCUGUCCGAGCAUGAGCGCCUCCCAGUGGCCGAACGUGAGUAUGAACAACGGCCUCUGACUACAGAGUCCUGGUUUAGAAUCGCCGACUGCACAUGUGAGUUAUUUUUAAAAUGAGACACAUCAAAAAGAGAUUUGGUAUAAAGUGCCAAGUUCUACCAGAUGGGCGUUUUGAGGAAAUUGUGUAUGAUGUAUUUACACACGCAUGGGUUUGUUUUAGGCAUUGUGUGUAGCUGCCAGAAUUUGGACAAGCUGGUUAUUUAGUUAUUUUAAUCUCCUACUUUGGCCCCAACAAAGCCCUUAAACGGACUCCAUAGAUGUCGUUGCUCGUAGAAAGCCAAACUUGUCGCACAAUGAGUGCUGUGCGACUGAUAACUAAAAAAGACAAUCGAGUAUAAAUUCAGGUCAUUACUCCAGAAAAUGUUGUUGGUGUGAACCGUUAUGUUAAGUUGCAUAGAAUGUAGUUUUAUUACGUGUGUCACGUAACUUUUAUUAUGGAAUUGAUCGGACGUGGCGGCUGAACGUCACCACCCAAUCUGCUCCUGUGUGACACUUUAUUCAUUAUUCUUAAAUAUUUUCCCUUUCAUCCCUUUUUAACAUUUCCCUUUAUUUAAACCCUAUGUGGAAAAAACGUAUUACCUUACGUGGAAUAACUCAUUCCCGGCGGCCUUGUACCUCUCUUGCCCAGGGUACGCACACAAAAAUAAAGCUGUGACUGAUGUUUUGCCUGUAAAAUCCACCAUCCAAAAAAAUGUAAACAUAUCUGCUCUUGGUUUUGCCAAUUAAAUGUGGCAUUGCAAGCAGAACUUGA